AGGUCCAUGUUUACGACACAGACAAGGGAGUUUUCUUCACUCUGUAGACAACUCAGACAGAGAAGCUAGACCUCCAACUCCCCUCGUUCUCUCUUUCUCUCUGCAACUCACAAUCCCUCACUCUGCCGCCACUCGCCACUGAUUGACCUGCUGCCUGAAGAAGAGGUGGAGGGAAGAAGCAGCAGCUGCAGCAGCACCUGCCUGAGCCUCCAUCCCCUCUUCCUGCCCGACCCCAGACCUGCUCUCUGCUGCAUCGGCUCUAAACCUCGCUGCCAAAAUGUGCGACUGUUUCCAUCUGGCAUUCCCCAACUGGCAUGCUGCCUCCUCUGGGACUGCAGGGAGAAGACUACCAGCGCCAGAGCCUACCACAGAAGACGAUUCUUUAUGUGAAGAACAAACUCAGUUCACAGAAGAGGAGAGACCACGACCACAAGGAUCAUCACCUGUCCAGGAGUUUCCUGAGGCGGCAAAAUACUCUGAAGGUGAAAAAGAGUUUCAAGCAGAGCAUGAUCCACAACACAAGACUGGGAGUGGACACAAAGGUAAAAAGUCUGGCCUUGGGUCCAUGUUUGAAAGGACUUCGACUCCAAAAAUGAGUAAAUCAAAGGAGGCCCAAAGUCCUGAAUGUGGGAUUAUUGUGAACGCAGCCAAAGGCGGGUGUGCAGAAGGUCUUGUUUACAGUGGAGGAGGGAAAGAGGGGAUCUUCAUAAAGACAAUCGUUCCAGAAUCACCUGCUUCAAAAAGUUUGGAAGUAAAAGAAGGAGAUCAGAUUCUUAGCGCCACAGUGUAUUUUGACAACAUGUCAUAUGAAGAUGCCAUUCAGAUUUUGGAGCAUGCACAGGCUUACAAAAUGAAGCUUUGCAUAAAGCGGCAGCCAGACAUCACAGAGAGUGAAUCAACCAUUGAAUCUGAUGCUAUUCCGGAAGAGGACGUCUGCUCCACAGAGAUGAGGGUGAAAGGAAAAUCCAGAAGGCGGGGGGAUGCUCGUAUUUCAUGGCCAAAGUUCUCCUCCUUUGGAAAAGGACGUAAAUCACGUUUCACAAGGUCUCACAGCUCAUCAGAAGCAGAUGAGCAGAGAAAGCUUGAGCUUAGCCCUGCAACAAGUGACACAGAAUCACCUAUAAAAUCUCAGGAUGCUCUGAAAGGAAAGAAGAAGCAUAAAAUAAAGCUCUCAACUUUAACAAAAAGAGGUCGCAUAAGUUCCUCCGAAGACCAGGAUACAGAUGUUCCAAUAACCAGGCAGAUUAGUGGUGACACUCAGCUGAAGCAGGAAUCAGAUACGCUUUCACCUGAAUGCACUGAAUACCCCUUAGGAGAAACACUAGGAGUCAAUAUAGAAGCAGGUAAGAAGUCAGGGGAAGUUAAAGAGUCUGAACUGCAAGGUCAGAAAACAAGUGACACUCAAAACCUUCAACUAAUUAGUAUAGAAAACACCUUAAAAUCAACAGAUUCAGCUGUAGCUCUGACUGAUCAAGGAAACCAAAUUCUUAAAUCCCCAGAGGAGAAAAAUAGGAAGAAAGAGAGGUCAGAAUUAAAAAUGAAAUUUUUGGGAAAGGACAAGUCACACAAGAAAGAACCAAAAGCAAAAUCUUCCCCCAAAAGGCUUAAAACUCUUGGAGCAAGUGUUGAUACAGAAGAUCUUCCUGUAACAGGAUCUAAUGUUAUCACAAGCUCUGAGUCAAAAACCAAACUGCUGGGAGAUCAGACUCUGCUUGGCGUAAAAGACAAAAGCCAAAGUAGUGAGAGUUUAAAGGUAACCCCAUCCAAAUCUAUGACCUCGCAGAUCAGUUUACCAAAGGUGGAGCUUGACAUUUCAGUCCGCAAAUCUCCAAAGAAAGGGGAUGAAAAAACACAGAAAGCAAAGGAUCAUAAACAGAAACAAUCCAAAAAAUCUAGUCCAAAGCGUAAGCAACCUGAAGCAGACAUGAGUGAUGUUCCUAUUUCAGAGGAAAUGCAAAAAGUUAACGAUCAAGAAUCGACAAACAAAACUGGCCGUGUUUCCACCACUCAGCUUCCUAAACGUGAAGAUAUUGAGAUUCCAGGUAUGGAGGACAUAUCUAUGAAAACUGCAAAAAUAAAGGAAACCAAAGCUGAUUUUAAAAAAGAUAAUAAAGAAAACCAAAGUGAAACAGUGCAAAUGUCAAUUGAUGUUAACAGUGUGAAAGAAGCGGUCUCAAAACUACCGGGAUUUAAGCUGCCUCAAGUUGAUAUAUGUGGAAUGCCUAUCCGUGAAGAAAUAACUGUCAUAGAUGCAAAUGCACAAAGAAUAUCUGUAAAAACACCCACAAAAGUAACGAAAAAGUCUGACAUAACUGCAUCUUCAGAAAUCUCCAAAACAAUGUUUUUAACUGAGAACAACAUAGAUUUUAAUACAUCUCAAAAGGAUGACAAUACUAGCCCAACAGGGUGCAACGAGGAACAGGAAACUAUGAUUGCUAAAACGCAACAUAUUGUAAUAUCUGGUAAAGAGCUUUACACUCUUCCAGACAAAGACUUUGAUAGAGCAAGUGGAAAAGGAGAUUUAAAACUCGAAUCUGAAUCAGCAGCAACAAAGGAAUCCGUGAAGACCAGACCAAAGAUAACGAUGCCAAGCUUUGGGAUGUCAUCAAAAUCCCGAAGAUUACCAUAUAUCGGAAUUGACUCACAAAAACAAACUUUAAUUCAAGAAAAAGACCUAAAUACUGAAACAAGAAAAGAUGAGAGGAAAACUGGAGAAGUUAUAUGUAAAGUAGAAAUACCUGAACCCGAUGGUUUUGAAUACAUUGACUCAACAGAUGAGUCAUCAGUCAGGAAAGAUGGAUUGAAAAGUUUUGAUAUUAGUGCUGAUGUCAAAGGAGAACUACAGGUUCAUGAGGUUGAAGGAAGUGGAUCUUCUACAAAACAAACUUUUAGUUCUCCUGAAAUAAAAAUUUCAACAAAAGAUGUUAAAGGAUCAUCAAAAUUUAAAAUGUCUCCUUCUGAAAUGCCAAGAUUUGCAGCUGCUACUCCAAAUCUCAAUACUGAUGUUUCUGACACAAAGUCACCUACGAAUGGUGUUACUAUUACCAGUAACAUACCAGAAACUGCUGUAAGUCCAUCUGUUGAUGUUAAAACUAAGGUGUCUGAAACUGAGGGAAGAGGAAGUAAAUUCAAAAUUCCAAAAUUUGGAAUAUCACUACCGAAGCUAAAAGGUCAUGAAAUAGAUGAAACCUUAUUGAAAAAAGCUGUUAGCGUAGAUGUCACCUUGCCUAAAGGUCAAGCUGAGGCAAAACUUCUGGAUGCUGAACAUGCAGAAUCUGGUAUUAUGGUAGAGGAAAAGGUUCGAAAGAUGGGAUUUGAUAAAGAUUUUGAGUACUCAACAUCCAAACCUGAAAUUGGAACGUCAUAUUCCGAGGCUAAAGCAGAGCUAAAAUUAUCGGAGUCCACUGGAGAAAAUAUUGUUUUAGCUCCGGUGGCCCUCACCAGGUCACCUGAAGCGGAAAUUCAGACUCUAAAGAAUGACAAUGAGUUUGCCCGAAAAGAAUGGGAUGUGCAACUUCCAAAGAUCGGAAUAGAAAUGCCAAAAUUAAAUAAACCAGAAUUUUCUCUUGGACACUCAGGUAAAAGUGUAGAUGUAAUAACAGCUGAAGAAAAGGCACAGUUAAAGAAUACAGAAACUAUGCUGUCAGACACUGAAACUAAGAUAAAAACCCCAGCCACAAAAGUUAAUGUUAGUCUGGGAAAAGCAGAAAUUUUAAUUCCAACUGGAAAUGUGGAAGUCGGAAAACCUGAAGUGCAAACUCAACCUCUAAUUGAAGGACAAGGAAGUAGGUUUAAAAUGCCAACGCUUGGAAUCACAAUGCCAAAAAUAAAAGCUUCUGAAACAAAGAAAGAUGUAGAAGGGAUAUUCACUGAAAGCAAGACUGAUGUAAAGAUACUUGAUGCUGGUUUUGAGGAACAAAAUGUGGAACAAUCAUCAUCAAAAUUCAAAAUGCCAACAUUCAAAUUACCAAAAUUAGGACUUGGCACCCCUCGCUCCACUACCGGAGUAUAUACUUUAGACAAAGAGGCCCAAAGAGAUGGAGUUGACCUUGACAUUCCUGAUGAGGUUCUUGCAGUUACCAUUGUUGAACCCAGGGCUACAGAUCCUGAUAAUGAAGAAACAGCAAACAAGUUUAAAAUGCAAAGUCUUAGUCUGACUGUGUCUCCAAUCAAAGGUCAACAAGCAGAGGAUAUUGUGACACAACAGAGGAUGAAAUCCGAGGAAAAAAAGGAAACAGAGGGGUCACCGUCCAGGUUCAAGAUGCCGACAUUCAAGUUUCCAAAAUUUGGGGUUUCUUCUCCAACUUCCAUAGAAAAAGUACCUCCUUUGGACAAAGAUGUCAAAACAGGAGAGGGUGACACAACAACUACAGGAGAAAUCCUUGCAGCUUGCACAGAAGAGCCAAGUAUUAAUAUCAAGGAACAAUCAGCACAUUUAAAAACUAUUGAAACUGUAAAUGAGGAAAGAGGAAGAACAUUUAAUAUGCCAAGUCUUGGCUUUUCAGUAUCACAAACCAAAGGACCAGAUACUGAAGUUAGUUUAUCCUCAACAGAUGUAGAUGUUACAGUACCGGAAAUCAAAAUGGAGGCCAAACUCCCUGAAGAAAGGUUUAACAAAUCAAUUGAAGUUGAAGCUAAGGCUCCAGAAAUCAAAGGCUCAAAAAGAGAAAAAGAAGGAUCACCAUCCAGGUUUAAGAUGCCAACAUUCAAGUGGCCUCAGUUUGGGGCUUCUUCUCAGAGUUCCAUGAAAGAGGUACCUCCUUUGGACAAAGAUUUCAACAAAGGAGAAGGUGACUCUAAGAUUUCUGGAGAGAUUCUUGCGGUUAGCAUAGAAGAACCAGGUACUGAUGCUAAGGGACCAUCAGCAGAAUUAAAAACUAUAGAAACCGAAAAUGAAGGAAAAGGAAGAACAUUCAAACUGCCAAGUCUUGGCUUUUCUGUAUCACAAACCAAAGGAGCUGAUACAGACAUUACCUUAUCCACAUCAGAGGUGGAUGUUGCAUUGGCAGAAACUGAAGCAAAACUCCCUGAAGGAAAAUUAAACCAAUCAAUUGAAUUUGAAGCUAAGGCUCCAGAAAUCAAAGGUUCGAGAAGAGACAAAGAAGGAUCACCGUCCAGGUUUAAGAUGCCGACAUUCAAGUUACCAAAAUUUGGGGCUUCGUCUCAGAGUUCUAACGAAGAGGUACUUCCUUUGGACAAAGAUAUCAAAACAGGUGAUAAUAUCACUUCAGGGGAGAUUCUUGAAGCUGGUGGAGAAGGACCAGAUGUUGAUAUUAGGGCGCCUUCAGCAGAUUUGAAAACUAAAGAUGUUGAAAAUGAAGGAAAAGGAAAAACAUUUAAACUUCCAAGUCUUGGCUUUUCAGUAUCACAAACCAAAGGACCAGAUACUGAAAUUAGCCUAUCCACAACAGAUGUAGAUGUUACACUACCAGACAUCAAAAUGGACGCCAAACUCCCCGAAGAAAAAAUAAACAAAUCAUUUGAAAUGGAAGCUAAAGUUCCAGAAAUCAAUGUCACAAGAGAAGAAAAAACAGGAUCACCAUCCAAGUUUAAGAUGCCGACAUUUAAGUUACCAAAAUAUGGGGCUUAUUAUCAGAGUUCUAAUAAAGAGAUACCUCCUUUAGAGAAAGAUGUCAGAAAAGGAGAAGCUGACUCAGAGGUUCUUGCAGGAAGUGGAGAGGGACCAAGUAUUGAUAUUAAGGCUCCAUCAGGAGAAGUCAAGAUCUCAGGAGCUAAAGGCGAGAUAAGUGGAGGAAAAUUCAAACUGCCAAGUCUUGGCUUCUCUGUAUCAGAAACCAAAGGACCUGAUACUGAACUUAGUUUAUCCACAAAAGAUGUAGAUGUUACAGGACCAGAAGUCAAGGUUGAAGCAGAACUCCCCAAAGGAAAAAUGAUCAAACCAACCGAGUUUGAAGCUAAAGCUGCAGAACUAAAAGAUGCAAAAAUGGAAACAGAGGGAUCACCAUCCAGGUUUAAGAUGCCAACAUUCAGGUUACCAAAAUUUGGAACUUCUUAUCAGAUUUCUACAGAAAAAGGGCCUCCUUUGGACAAAAAUGUGAAAACAGAAGAAGGUGACACAGCUAUUUCAGGAGAGAUAUUUGCAGCUAGCACGGAAGAGGCAAGCAUUGAUAUCAAGGAAUUGUCAGCAGAAUUAAAAACUACAGAGACUGAAAAAGAAGAAAGAGGAAGAAAAUUUAAACUACCAAGUCUUGGCUUUUCGGUUUCACAAACUAAAGGGGCUGACACUGAAAUUAGCUUAUCUUCAACAGAUGUGGAAGUUACAGUACCAGAAGUCACGAUGGAAGCUAAACUUCCUGCAGAAAAGUUUGACAAAAUAUCUGAAAGUGAACCUAAAGUGCCCGAAUAUAAGGGUAUAAAAAAGGAGACGGAAGCAUCACCAUCAAAAGUUAAGAUGCCAAAUAUCAAGUUACCAACAUUGGGACUUUCUUUUCAGAGUUCCACAGAGGAAGCACCUCCUUUGGACAAAAAAAUCACAAAAGGAGAGGGUGACUCCAAAAUGUCAGGAGAGAUUUUUGCAGCUAGCGGAGGACCAAGCAUAGAUAUUAAGGCUCCAUCAGCAACUUUAAAGCCAACAGGAGUUAAAAGUGAAAUAAGUGGAGGAAAAUUCAAACUGCCAAGUCUUGGUUUUUCUGUAUCCCAAACCAAAGGAGCUGAUACUGAGAUUAGCUUAUCGCCUACAGAUGUGGGUGCUACAGAACCGAGAGUUAAGGUGGAGGCUGAACUACCAGAAGAAGUGGAAGUUAAAGGUCUGGAAUUAAAAAGUAAAAAAACAGAUGGAUCACCAUCCAGGUUUAAGAUGCCAACAUUCAAGUUACCAAAAUUUGGGACAACCUAUCAGAGUUCUACAGAAAAAGGUCCUCUUUUGGACAAAGAUGUCAAAAUGGAAGGAAGUGACACAUUAACUUCAGGAGACAUCCUUGCAUCCAGCACAAAGAAACCAGAAGAACCUAGUAUUAAUGUCAAGGAACCAUUGGGAUAUUUUAAAACCAUACAAACUGAAAAUGAGGGAAGAAAAUUUAAACUGCCAAGCCUUGGAUUUUCUGUAUCACAAACCAAAGAGGCUGAUACUGAAAUUAGUUUAUCUACAACAGAUGUAGACGUUACAGUUCCAGAAGUCCAAAUGGAGACCCAACUCACUGAGGACGAAUUAAACAAAACAAUUGAGUUUGAAGCUAAAGCUCCAGAAAUCAAAGGUACAAGAGGAGAAAAAGAUGGAUCACCAUCCAGGUUUAAGAUGCCGACAUUCAAGUGGCCGAAGUUUGGGGCUUCUUCUCAGAGUUCCACAGAAGAGGUACCUCAUUUGGACAAAGAUGUCAUAACAGGAGGAGGUGAUAAUAGCACUACAAAGGAGAUUCGUGCAGCUGGGGAAGAAGGACCAAGUAUUGAUAUUGAGGAGCCAUCAGCAGAUUUGAAAAGGAUAGAAACUGAAAAUGAAGGAAAAGGAAGAACAUUUAAACUGCCAAGUCUUGGAUUUUCAGUAUCACAAACCAAAGGACCAGAUACUGAAAUGAACUUAUCCACAAUAGAUGCAGAUGUCAAAAAUCAGGAUCUCAAUAUGGAAGCCAAACUCCCUGAAAAGAAAAUAAACACAUCAAUUGAAAUGGAAGCUAAACCUCCAGAAAUUAUUGUUACAAGAAGAGAAAAAGAAGGAUCACCUUCCAAGUUUAAGAUGCCGACACUGAAGUUACCAAGAUUUGGUUCUUCUUCUCAGAGUUCUAAUGAAGAGGUACCUUCUUUAGACAGAGAUGUCAGAAAAGGAGAAGAUGACUCUAAAACAUCUGGAGAGAUUCUUGAACCUGAUGGAAGUGGACCAAAUACUGAUAUUGAGGCACCAUCAGCAGUUUUAAAGAGCUCAGAAGCUGAAAACCAAAUUGGAGGAGGAAAAUUCAAACUUCCCAGUCUUGGAUUUUCUGCAACACAAACUAAAAGUAUUGAUACUGAAAUUACCUUAUCUACAACAGAUGUAGAUGUGACGUUACCAGAUCUCAAAAUAGAAGCAAAACUUCUUGAUGAGAAACUAAGUAAAUCAUCUGAAGUGGAGGCUAAAGCUCCAGAAUUUAAAGGUACAAAAAGAGAAACAGAAGGAUCACCAUCCAGGUUUAAGAUGCCAACAUUCAAGUUACCAAGAUUUGGGUUAUCUUCCCACAGUUCGACCCAAGAAGUCACAUCUCUGGACAAGGACCUCAUAACAGUUGGUGGAGAAACAACAGGAACAGAGGAGGUCACUGCAUUAAACAUAGAAGGACAAAACACGGAAAUUAGGGAUCCAUCAAUGAAGUCAAAAACAGAGGAAAGUGAAAGUGAAGGAAAAGGAAAAAAGUUUAAGUUGCCAAGUCUUGGUUUUUCUGUUACACAGGCCAAAGUGCCGGACAUGGAUUUUAGCUUGAAGACAGAUAUUGAUGUUACGCAACAACAAGCUGAAAUCAAAAUGUCUGAUAAUGAACUGAAAAUAAUCUCUACAGAAAAUGAAAGUAAGGAACCUAAAAUUCAAGGUGAAGAAGAGGAAAUUGAGGAAUCAACAUCCAAAUUUAAGAUGAAAACUUUUAAAUUUCCCAAACUUGGGCUUACUACUCAGAGUUCCUCUGAAGAAGUACCUUCUAUUGAGACAAAUACAAAAACCGGCAGAGACGAAACUACAGCUAUUAAAGAAGUAGUUACAGUUCCUGUAGAGGGAUCAAGCAUGGAAAUUGAGGGGAUGUCAGCUGAUUUAAGUAAUCUAGUAAGUGAACAUGAGGAGAGAGGACUGAAACUCAAACUGCCAAGUUUGAGUUUUUCAGUACCGCAAGCAAAAAGGCCUGAUAUUGAUUUGAGCUUAAAGACAGAUGCAGAUGUAAGACAACAAGAAGGGAAAGCUGAAGGUGAUAUCGCUGGUGACAAAUUAAAAAAAUCUUCCAUUGAGGUUGAAACCAAACCACUUGAAAACAGGAAGAAUACAGAGGGAUCACCAUCCAAAUUUAAGAUGCCAAAUUUCAAGUUCCCAAAAUUUGGGCUCGCUACUCAAAGCGCCGCUAAAGAAGCAUCUCCAUUUGAUAAAAGUGUAGAAAUCAAAGAAGGUGAGCGUACAACUUCAGAGGAUGUUAUUCCAGGGAGCAUGACAGAACCAAGCAGAGAAAGUAAGAGUUCAUCGUUAGAGCCAAAGACUGAAGGAAAUGAAGGAAAAGGAAGACAGUUUAAGUUGCCAAGUCUUGGAUUUUCAGUAGCAGAGGCCAAAGGAGCAGACACUGACCUAGAGUUAUCAAAGAGAAAAGUAGCAGUUACAUUGCCAGAAGUCAAAGCUGAGGUCAAACUUUCAGAUGAUGAUGAGCUGAAAAAAACCUCUACUCCAAUGCAUACUGAAGGGCCUGAAAUUAGUUUACCAAAAUUUGGGAUCCCUACAUACAGCACAACUGAUGAGGGUCCUCCAUUUGACAGAGAUGAAGAAGAAACUAAGACACCUGACAUAAAGCUAGUGCCAAAGGACAGUGAUGGAUCGCCUUCCAGAUUCAAAAUGCCAACAUUUAAGCUACCAAAACUAGGUCUUGCUACUCACAGUUCGAACAAACAAGAACCUGACUUGAACAAAACAGUAAAAGAUGAAAGUACAACUUUGGAGGAGGUUCUUACAGUAACCACAGAAGGACCAUGCAUUGAAAUAAAGGGUCCAUCAACAAAUUUACAGGGUUCAGAAACUGAUAAAGAAAGAUCAGGACGUAAGUUUGUGCUGCCGAGUCUUGGUUUUUCAGUGGAACAAGGCAAAGCGGGUAAUACUGACAUUAACUUAUCAAACAAAGAUAUCAAUGUUGAAAUACCGAAAGCUGUCACAUCCACAGAGACCAAAAUCUGCCAGUCAGAUGCUGAUGUUAAAGAAUCUACAGCAGUCCCCAUACAGGAAGCAUCCUCAACUGUAGAACUUGACACAAACUUAAAAAAGAGUAAAUUUUCACUUCCCAAGUUUUCUUUUUCAAAGUCAAGCAUUAAAAAGACUGAAGUAAAAGCUGAGCUUCCAGAUCCCGGAGAAGUUAAAACUGAAACGAUAACAGAAGUUAAACUCUCUGCAGACGAAGAAAAACAAUACUCGACUAUUGUUGAAACAACAGCUGGUGAGGCUGAAGUCAGGUCUAAAGGUUCACCUUUAAAAUUCAAAAUGCCAACUUUAAAAAUGCCUAAAUUUGGCAGUGCAUCAUAUGAGGUAACAACAGAGACACAUAGCAAAGAAAAAAAGGCUGAAUACGAUGGAAGUGAGCUUGAGGAGGAUUCUGCUGUUAUCAUCAAAAGUGCAAAGAUGGAUGUUGAAAUAGAUGCCUCCAAAUCAGCAAAGGCAGAACUGGAACCCCUUAAAACAGAAAGCGGUAAUGUGGUUCAUGGAUCUUCAAGUAAAUUUAAACUCCCUAGCUUCAACAUACCACAGUUAAGUCUUUUAAGUUCUAAACUUGAAGAUGAAACUGUCCAAACUGUGCAUGAAGAUAAUAAAGAUCAACUGCAGAUGAAGAUUGAGCUAAAAGAAGAAAAUGUAUCACCCAAACUGACUUUAAAAUCAACUGGUGACUCUGACUUUGAUGUUCCAAAAGUGUAUAACCUCAAACAAAACACUGAAAUCUCAAAGGAACCUCAUGAACCAGUUGAAUCAGCCACAAAGCACACAGAACAAAAGGAAGACAAGGCAAAAUCAAAGCAAGAUGCUACCAAAAGUCCAGAACGCACAAGCUGGUUUAGAUUCCCCAAAUUUGGCCUUUCAUCCCCAAAGGAACAACGCAAUGUUCCUGACAAAGCAGAGAAAAUAGAAGAUUGCAGCCCAGUAGGGGAAACAAGGGAUGACGAAGGAAGUUCCCCCCUUUCUGUCCAGUCAUCAGAUGCUUUUGCCGAUAUCAGCUCUACAAUCACAAGUGAGCCUGUUGGCCCAUUCAUACCUUCCCCAACAAAGGGCACGGUCCAACACUUCAAUGAUACCACAGCUGCUGGGCUUGAAGAGAUCCAAGUCGAAGUCAGAAGUGAGCUGAUUGCAGAUGUGCCCAACAUGCCUGAGAAGAUCAAUAUCUUGUCUUCCGGUGUUUCAUCUUCCUCAGAUGAUACAGUUAGACUAAAGUCUGGGAAAAUACACAUCAUUACAUCCAACAUACAAGCUACUCCAGAAUCCCAGCAUGCCAAGCUAGUAUCUGCUGUUUCAGUCCAACCAGCUGAAGGCCUUACCUUACAGUCAAAGUUAGAUGAAGCGCAAGCUUGGAUCGUCCAAGAUUCUCAAAGUGCAACAAAAACAGUGUUUGAGAAACACUUAGUUCAACAAACAUCUACAGAAACAAGUAAGAGCAAAGAAACCCUGGUUAUAACAAAACAAAUUACCCACAUAUUUGGCACUGCAGAGCACAUCUCAGGGGACACGGCGUCUUCUAUUCAACGGCUCAAAGACUCUGUGCACUCUGAGAAAAUGAGGUUCUUUGAUGAGGCGGAGAAGUGAAAGCCGUCAUAACUUUCUCCUUGUUUUCCUCUAUCUAAAUGAAUUGCAUAAAAUAUUACCACCUGAAGUUAAAUGCAAAAACUAUCUGAAACCAGAUGAGGGACCAAUAAACACUAACCACAUAAAGUUAUCUUUUAGUAUUCAGGAAUCGCCAUAACGGCUUAAUCUCCAGCUGCAUGUUUACUGAUCUAGAGUAUAUAGAAAUGUAUUGCUAUAGAAACUUUUACAUCCUAAUGGGGUCAACCUAUGGCAAACUAAAACUCUUGAAUUAUGUGGUGUGGCUUUGCUGUGGUAGAGAAAGCUUAAUGCUACAGUACAACGCGUCUUGGCAAAACUUUGUUAGCCCGUGCAUUUUCAUUUAUUUUUUACAUUAGAACUACAUUAUGUGGGGUAUUAUUUAAAAUGCCAGCACAAAGUAGCACAAAAGUAUACAUUUCAGUAUUUGAUUUAACUCAUUAUAUUAUUA